UGUUAGCUGAUAAGAACAUGUACGGUAAAGAUUUCAAAUGGUUGACUUUAAUUUGUUAAGUUAAACUGUAAUAUUGUUUUGUUUUUUCCUUCAGCAAAGAUUCUGAUUAUUUAUGUGGCAGGAUACAAAAACACCUGGAUACAGGAUACAUCUGUUGUUUGAGGUCUCUUGUGGAGGGAUUAGCACAGGUCUGCUGUUUAUAUAAAUACAAAUAUCGAAAAUUAACUAAACAGUAAGAAGGAACAGUAAAACUAUAUAAUAAAUGGGAAAAUAUCGCUGCCAAUUAAAGAAAUAACAUAGAUAUUAUAUGAAAUAUCUUGGUGUUGGUGACGCCAGGGUGACGUCACCUUUACGUGCUGCGUCACUGCGUCACAGCAGCAGCUUUCUGAGCGCUCGCUUGUCGAGUGAGCGAACGGUGCGCUCGAGCGUUUAACAUUUCACCAGCGAAAUGUUUCCACGUUUAUCGCUAUUAAUAACACGCGUGGAUAUCAGAUGAUGUUGUAAAUUAUCUUUUUUGGGGGGGGUUGGAAGGUCUCUUACAAGACCGCCUCAACUUACUGCCAUAAAGUUGCUCUUUGCUAGCCCGAGCUAGCUAACGUUAGCCCUCGAGACUUUAUGAAGUCGGCUUCCUUUCGCGACGCGGCGUGUUUGUUGUUUCCGUUGUUGUUGUUGUUGUCGUCGUCGUGUGCUUAAAAGCUCACCCUUCUCUGGGAUGAAAUGGUGCUUUCCUUGGUGAGCCUUUGCGCCAGGGAAGUGGUGAGGGACCACAGCUCGUCGCCCUGCUGGCUCAGGUGGGUGCCCAGGGAGCUGUACAGACCGCUGUUGGAUGCCUCCUUCGCCGGCUGCAGACCGCUGGCUGUGGGAGAACUGGUGCAGCGGUGGCCCGAACGCACGCUGCGUGUCGGCAGGCGCCGGAAACCGGGUCAAACCGGACCGAACCGACUCUGCGUCCAGGCCCUGUUGCUCGCAGUCGUCAGAGGGAUGUCGGACAAAAGGUGUGCCCUGCAGAUGCUGGACCUCUGCGGGCUGCAAGGAGACGAAGGAGGGAUGGGAGAUCCCAUGGGAGGCUGGUCUCUGACUGUAGCGCUCUGCACCAUGGUGGUUCAGGCCAGAACCAGAGCACAGAGGGCCCAGCGUGAGAGGAAAAGGCUCUCAGGGCUGCAGAGGGAGAAAGGCGUGAAAAGAGAAAGGGGAGAGAAAAGCCACGCCGACGAGCUGGGGGGACACGACACGGAGAAAUUGGACCCGUGUGGGGCCGUGGAGGAAGAGGAGCUGAUCCCAGGUGUCAGGAGGAGGAUGGAGGUGGAGAGGAAACGAGAUACUUUAGCUCCAGGGUCGGCGGGCAGCGGAAGGGACGCUGAGGACAAGGAGGUAAACGCCGACGUGUCGGUGCACGUGAGGGCCGAUCUUUUUGUAAACGCACGCUCUUGGGAGCGCGUUCGCGGGGCUUUGAGCGCGCUGGGCCCCCUCAGGCUGCAGUGCAGAUACCUCCGCGUGGAAGAGGUUUCGGUGACCAGUAUCAAGACCCUGCUGGGCCUCCUGCCCCGCCAGGGUCUUCUGGGCAUCGAUGUUCGCUACAGCAGCCUCGGGGUGGCCGGCCUGGCCGAGCUGCUGCCUCUGCUCGCCACCUUCCCUGCGCUGAGCUCCCUGCGCCUACACUACUGUAACUUGGACUUUCGCAGGGACCACGUUGGCCAGGAUGAGGCCCUCAGGGACUUGUCUCAGGGCCUGACGCAGCUGCAAGAGCUGCGGCGCCUCAGCCUCACUGCCCUGCGCCUGCCUGGACAACUUCGUGUGCUGCUUAGCUCACUCCCUCAGCCUCUGGAGAUACUGGAGCUGCCGUAUUUGAGCCUGAGCCCAGCCGACCUCGCCUAUCUGUCCUGCAGCCACCAUGCGUCCACGCUGCAGCAGUUGGACCUGAGCGAGAACCGCCUGGAUGAAAACACCCUGGCGUCGAUCCGCCGCCUCCUCUCCCAGGCUGCCGGUGGCCUGCAGCACCUCUCUUUGAGCGGCUGUGGCCUCACUGAUGGCCUGCUGGGUCUCUUGCUGCCCUCGUUGGGAGGCUGCCGGGCCCUCAAGAGCUUGGCUCUGGCCCUGAACCCCCUCUCCGUCGCCGGCCUCGUGGACCUGGUGAGGAUGGCCGUGCGAAUGCCCUCCCUCCGUCAGUUACUGUACCCCAACCCGCUGGAGGACUACCAGCCGGGCCUCCCCGACCUGCCCUCUAGCGCUCAGCUCCUAGACUGGCCGCUGGACGCAGUCACAGACAUCAACGUUACCAGCAGCCAGCUCAACAGGGUGCUGCUGGAGAGCGGGCGGUCGGACCUCUUUCUGACGUGCGACCUGCUGAACUACGAUAAAGACUUGGUGGACUAGAGCAGAGGUGAAAGGAUGGACACGGGUAUCACACACCGGAGCAAUGUACAUACACCUGACGAUCACGUUACCAGUGGUUAUUAAUGGUCAAGUAUGGUUCAAUUAUCUGGUUUAAAGGAAAAAUAUUGAGUCCUUCUCUUGGGAUUUCAAGAAUGGGCCAUUUGUAAUAUUUGUUAUUAUAUUGUAAUUAUACAGUAAUAAGCCAUAUGCUUUGAAACUACUUUAUUAAAGCUCACAUAUAAAUGAUUUUGUACUCAAAAUUGCUUUAUGAUCACUUCAACGGAAUAGAUGGUAUUACAGCUGUCACUUAAUUCAUAUUUAGUAUAUAUGUAGAUAAUACAUGUAACAAGUUGUAACACUGGCUUCCGUUUGUGUGCUCAGUUUCUCAAUCAAGGAAAUGAAUAUAACAAAAAUGCAAGAUAUUUAGUCAUAUUUUACUUAUUUGAAGUAAAAUAUGACUAAAUAUUUCUCUGUGCUUUUCUAAUUUACAUAUUUGUCAUGCUGUAAUUGUUGUAAAAUAUCCAGAAUUAUGUUUUUUUCCCCUCGUUCCAGACGUUAUAAAUCUUCAAUUAUAAGGAAACACAAAUGUCUAAUCACCUUUUUAACACAUGGAUGUAUUUACAUAGUGUCAGUCACCGAAUAAAUCAUUCAUAAAGCA